AUGCCCGAAAUAGAGAAAGUAGCAGAAAAAAUAUUUAUGCGGUGGUUUAUAGUAAAAGAUGUAGAAAAAGAUGACUUUUUUUCAUGUUUUAAUAUCUGUCGUGGCAUUUUACCAGCAUUUAAUAUAGCAGAAGAAAUUAUUUGUAACUUACAUCCAUUGGAUAGUGAUAGCAUAUCAUCUUUCAUGUACCAGAUUAACCUAUCAAAAAGAAUGUUUAUGGCUUCACUGAAUCCUAGCUAUUCGGGUUAUAUUAUUAAUAACAAUUAUAUGAAUCUGCUACAGCUCAAAGCACAAUCUACUAUAGAAUAUGUGCCUUCACUAGAGAAUACAAAUAUAUAA